AAAGCAAAUACAAAAGAUGUGUAGCCGGAUAAUCCUGUCUAUCUUAGCCCUGACUGCCUGUUUGCAGGUAUCCUCCCCACAGGUUGUGUACCUAUGGGGAUCUAACGAAACCUAUAAUGAACUGUGCCCACCUGGUGCGUUGUUCACCACAAGUGCGUUACCCCCACGAAUGUGCGACCAGCGCAGCUACGUCAUGUGCUCCAACGGUACCGCCAUAGCCCUCAACAAAUGCGCCACCAAUGAGAGGUACAACAACGUGACGACAUGGUGCGACAGCAUCGACAACGUGCCUUUACACGAGGAGUGUAAACACCUGCAGAACGAACGGAAAUACCCGUUGAGCUGUGAAGAGCAAGGUGCGGUGUACGUACCUGUCAACAACACCUGUAAAAAAUACACCUGGUGUGGGAUUGGCGGACUGGAAUUUACAAUGAGCUGUCCAUUACUGUCGUACUUCAUCCCCGAGGAGGAGAGAUGCAUGUACAUCACAGGAGAAUAUCUGAAGAGAAUAUCUCCUGUAUCUUUCAUCAAGUGCCACAAAAUGGAUCCUUACACGCUGGAAGAGAUCAAGAAAGGGAAAUAGAAUAUUUUACACUCGGCCUUACAUGUUGUAACACUCCCAGAUGAACGGAGACUCGGUCACACAAGCUGCUACAAUUAGCAUUUUUCAAUGUAACUAUUCAAAUAUGUUUGAAACUGUAUAUUUUUUAAUGAAUAAAUGAUUUAUUUGCAACAAUGCUACCAUAUUCAGUUUUUUUGUGUGAUUACAAAAUAGAAAAUCUAAAGUUUUUUUUAAUAUGAAAGCAAACCAAAAGUUAAU